AUGGGAUCUGUUCAGUUACAAAAACGAGACUCUGUGCAGUCGUCUUCAUCUUCACCAUCUUCUCCUAGAAAACAAGUAACCCCUGAUACUGCUUGUCUAAUACAAAAAGAACCGCGUGACUCCCAUCGUUUGAACUCUCAGCAACGAUGGGAUUCUUCAUUUCCCAACUCUUCAAAAAGCUCAAAAGACUGUUCAAUGUUUAAAGGGUCUAAUCCUCCAACAAACAAAGGCAAAUAUGUGCCCCCUACUGAUUAUGGUCAAUACAAAGAAGGCGAUAUAAGUACGUCACCACUCAGUCAACAAGAACAAGGCAGAAACUAUAAUUUUGAUCUUCGCCGGCGACAACAAAAUCCCUCGCAAAAACUUAACCAUUAUUUGCACACUCCUGCAGAUAGUAGUGCGCACUACAAAUUGUAUGAAGGUCAGGAGCAAAUUAACUCACACACACACCUCUCGUCAAAAUCACAUUCAUCCCCUCACAAUACAGAUACAGAUCAGGAUGGCAAUUCUACUGCUUCCGAGUAUGAACUUACUGCACAAAGUUAUUUUAGUUCAAAACAGGACAACCUUCAAAAACUUGAAUCUAUGUUUGAGUUAGCUUGUACCACUUUCCAACAAUUUCAGCAAAAUCAGAUCAACACAACCAUUUUGAAUAUUGUCUUGGAUUGUCUUGAAUGCUGGAAUGAAGUUAUUUACACCUCUUUAACUUCCAGAAGUAUGGCAAAUGGUGCUGUUAACGAUAAACAUUUAGCUCAACUUUUAGCGCAAAAAAAGCAGCCAAAUUUACAAUCCGGGUGCCGAGCAAUAUUUGACGUCAUCCAAGCACAUGUUAUAUCUUUGAUGUUUUCGCAAUCAUCACCAAAUGGCCCGCAACCUAAUCUUUUGACUCUUUAUCAAAAUUCUCUUUUAAUCAUUGGCAAUAUGGCUAACGCGUUAAAUGAACACAAUAGAGCUCUCAUUUCGUUUCAAAAGGUUUUACAAGUUUCCCCUAAUAGCCCUGAAGCAAACUUUGGUAUUGGAAUGGUAUAUAAUACUUGUGGACAAAAGAGAUAUGCUGAAACGUACUGGAUGGAAGCACUUGCUGCAAGACCUGAAUAUUGGGAUGCAAUUGAUCAGAUUGUAACUUUAUUGAAUACUCAAAAAAGACAAGAUGAUGUUCUUCUUUUUCUUUUUAAAACAAUCAACUCAUUGAAUCUGAAUGAUAUGAAGGAGACUCCACAUCAAUGGUGGAAGUACCUUUCUUUACACCAUACACUUGGUGAAACAUACUCUGCAAAAAAUAUGUUUUACGAAGCAGCACUAACUUUUUCUAAUCUCAUUGCUCUUGCAUUAAAUGACGAUAAUAUUACUCCAGAUAUGCUUGGAGUCUCUCAACAAGUUAAUCAAGGGCCUACAACUGGAAUUAGUUCCACUUCCUUUGCUACAAAUGCUGAAGAUGGUUCGCAACUUUUCAUUCCCAGUCUUAUCACACAAAUAUCUCGUGCAGUGAAACUUUCAGAAAAACAUGUUAUUGAAAAUACACCUGCAGCACCUUGUGACAGUACUCAUCGUAUUUUUGGAAACAACAAUGCUGCCCAUUUUAAGGAGGGUGGUGAAGCUAACUCCAGUCUCUUCAUUAUUCCUUUACGGCAUGCUCUUCUUUGCAAAUACUAUAUGUUUCCAACCAUGGGUAAGCUUCCAAGUAAGGCAAAUACACCUGAAUGGGAAAAAUACAAAGCCGAUAUCAAAGUCAACAACGGCAUACAUAUCGCAUCUAUUACUAAGCCUACCAAAUCUGCUACUUCAAGUACCAAAACCAACUCUACAAGUGAAAGUUUGAACACUUUCAAAGAUGAAGUUAAAACUGAAAAGCACAGCCUUUCAAAACAACUGCCAUCCCCAACUAGCCCACAAGAAAAAAGCAAACCAAACAAUUCGGUCACAACGUUACAAGUUCAACAAAACUCAGUAGAUGUGGUUGUCAGUAACGCUCUUUUGAACCUUGCAAAAAUUUUUCAAGACGGAAUCUGUUCGGGCAUUCCAACUCGCAUCUUGUAUUUAAAUGGCAAUGUUCCCACAAGUUACGAUAUUUUAGGGUUGUACAUGCUUUCGCUCUCAUUAAAUCCAAGUGCAAGUACUGCAAAUAAUAUUGGUAUUCUCUUGUCAUCGCUUUCUCCUGAACCUGGAACCAAUGCUAACGCAAAUAGUAAUACUGGUUCAAAAACUUCUUCUUCUUCGUCACCUUCAAAAGGAUUUUUUGCUUUGACAAUGCAAUUUUACAACUUUGGUUUACUUCUUGAUAAGAGAAACACUCACAUUUACACAAAUCUUGGGUCUCUUUUAAGAGGCCAAGGACAGGCAAAACAAGCAAUUGAAAUGUACAGCAAAGCAGUUGAAUGUAAUCCCACUUUUAAUAUUGCCCUUACAAAUUUGGCUUCAGCUCUAAGAGACCAAGGCCAAAUUGAUUUAAGCAUUCAUUACUAUCAAAAAGCAGUCGAAUGCUCGCCAGACUUUAUCGAAGCAGUAUCAGGUUUGGCAAAUUCUAGAUCUUCAGUUUGUGAUUGGAAAGGGCGUGGUAGCUGGGGAUGGGAAAAAGUGGCUGUUACAUCCGAGGGUGGACUAGUAUGUGGGAGACUAGAUGGUUGGGUAUCUAACGUUAUUGGUAUUGUUGACAAACAAAUCAAGGAAGCUCGACGCUGGGGUAUUGGUGUUAUUGAAUCUGAAAUCAAAGCAUUUCAAGAAGGACAGCCUUCAAUAAUUACACAAGUUGCUCAAGCCAUUGGAGGGAAUUCAGUCAACUUACGAGGCACUAGUCCUCAAGCCAUUUCUACCCGAAAUCAUUGGAUCAACAUUUGGACCUCUCUCAUGAAUAAAAAAGAUGAAGGAACUCGAAUCGUGGAACUCAUUGAGCAUGCUACAGCGGUCAGCCAGCACAGAUGGUAUAUGGACCGAUUGAAAGGUGUUGAAAAAGAUGCUUCAAAUUAUCCUCGACCAAAGAUUCCAUCUGGUCUACCGAUUCCUUUGGCAACAACCAUUUUGCCAUUUCAUGCAUUUACUAUUCCUUUCAAUGCAUCACAAGUAUCUCAAAUUUCACAGCGCACUUCAAUUCGAAUUACAGUAUCUUCAUUGAUGCAGGGCUGGCUUCCUGAUAAUGUAUUUCUACCCCCACCUCCUCCAAAACCAAUUGAAGGAAUUUCAGAAAAAGAAAAGGAGUUAGAAGAAAAUAAUGUUGGCAAGUUGGUUGUUGGAUAUAUUUCAUCUGAUUUCUUGGAUCAUCCAUUAGCUCAUCUGAUGCAAAGUGUAUUUGGUUUUCAUGACCGACAAAGAAUUCAUGCAAUUAUUUAUGCCACCACGCCAUCCGACAAUUCUUCUUAUCGUAAGAAAAUCGAAACAGAAAGCCAUGAGUUUAAAGAUGUGAGCAGCUGGAAUACUGAGCAAGUUCUCAAAGAAAUUCAAACAGAUGGUGUUCAUAUUUUAGUGAAUUUGAAUGGAUUUACACGUGGUGCCCGUAAUGACAUAUUUGCGGUUCGUCCAUGUCCAGUCCAGAUAUCGCUAAUUGGGUUUGCGGGAUCGCUCGGGGGUGGAUGGUGUGAUUACCUUUUAGGAGACAAGUAUUCGAUUGGGUACCAAAAAGAAAAUGACCCAGAGUGGGUAUAUAGGGAAAAAAUCAUUUACAUGCCACGAUCGUUUUUUGUUUGUGAUCAUCGUCAAAGUGCAUUGGAUAGUCUUGCUCAAAGAAACAAACAAGCACAAACGGGCGAGGUUCCAUCAACUGUUUCUGGGAAAGAUGGAUCAGAAAGCAGAAGGUUUAGAUUUCUGGAACAUCAACCGCCGGCGCCAAAAAUGCCACGGGUCGAUAAUGUGGUUGAAGAAAGAGACGACGAUAAUGUCUCUAGGAAGGCGGGGGAAGCAGACAAGUCAGUUUGUGGGUCACCAGUUUCUAAUGAAAAGGAACAAAGUCUUCUUUUAGAGCAAAUGCUUACCACACCUGGAGAUUUAACUUGGGAAAUGGAAAACAAGGUUCGGAAAGAGGUUCGUAAAAUUUUGUUUCCAAAGCUUCCUCAAAAUGCAUUUCUGAUGGGCAAUCUCAAUCAGUUGUAUAAAAUUGACCCUACGACCUUCAUGGUGUGGCUACAGAUUCUUUCAAAGUUACCACAUGCUUACUUAUGGUUACUUCAAUUUCCAAAGUCAGGUGAGGAGAACCUGAAACUGGCGGCCAUGAGAUGGACAAACAAUGAUCGAAGUAUUGUUGACCGCAUCAUAUUUACACCUAUUGCCGAAAAAAGUAGACACAUUUUGCGUGCUCGUGCUUGUGAUGUGUUUGUUGAUACACCUGAGUGCAAUGCACAUACUACAGCGGCUGAUGUGCUAUGGUCCGGAACUCCUAUUGUAACGUUUCCUCGAUACAAGUAUAAAAUGUGUUCGCGUGUAGCAGCCUCGGUCGUAGCUGCUGCACUCCCCAAUACUCAAGCAGGUCAGGCCAUGGCCGAGCAACUGAUUGUAGGAUCAGAUGAAGAGUAUCAGUCACGCUUAUGUUAUUUUGGAGGCUCGAGCGCAGGUCGCACGCGUCUCGAAGAAAUUCGUCGGACUUUGUUUGAGCAACGGGAAAUCAGUAAUUUUUUUGACACGCAGCAGUGGGUAAGAGACGUGGAACGAGGGUUUCGUCAAGCUUGGCGUAAUUGGGUAGCGUCUGAAAAACAACAUAUUUAUUUGUAA